UUCAUUCAAUAUAACAUUCAUUGUUCAUUCGUCUCCAUUUUCCUGUUGAAGUGUGGUGGUCUGUGAAUGUGUUUUUAGCUAGGAGAAAAUAAUUCAUUGUGGCAUUGAAUUGAAAUAUACUAAAACAUAGUGCUCGUAGGAACUGAAGUAUGGACCCUUCUUUGGAUGCGUCCUUAGUGACGCAAUCCAUUAACUACCAUGGUCAGCAACUUCAAAAAACGUGGGAAGCAGAGAGAGGGGAAGACGAUUUGACAAAAAUUGGCGUGGGUGCAUUGGAUUUCGCUGUAUACCAGUCGAGGCACAAGCACCUGACGUUUCAAGAUCGUGGCAAGCGGCUGAAGCUUCACCAGUUCAUUGCUAAGGAGGCAAAUGCGUUGUUCGACACUUCAAUUAUGGAGGAAACACCAUCGUCGUCUAGCCUUGGAGCAGACGCGCCUACACCGGAAGACAAUCUGUAUGCUUUAAUGCCACCUUUCGAAACAUUCUUGAAUGUCGACAAAUCUGCGAGAUUAAGGCAUUUCUUUGAUAAUGUGAAGACAGGAGAACUAAUAAUAGGAGCGGUCAUCAACAGGACGGCUUCGGGUAUGAUGCUAAAGGUGCUUUGCACCGCCGGCCCGACCUCCAGAUAUGUAGCUGACAUCAAUGUGAAGGCAUUUUUACCAGUUACAAAUAUCAUACCAGCUGUGGACAAGAAAAACGUGUCAAGAAACUACCUGAUGAAUGACACUGUAUGCUGUGAAGUGAUAGAAGUUAUCCCUGACACUGACAAAAUGGUGUGCGGCAUGAAAGGAAUCACCCGCGGGCCCGAUGACGCUCCGCCUAAGCCGCCGCUAGGCCUUCUCAGCACCGACGACUUCCCUCUCGUCUACAAGAAAACUGUGGAUAUGAAGGGUGAGAGCUAUGAGGCCAUACUGGAGAAGAGUCCAGGCUUCAAUAACCCCAACUGCGUCCAAUAUCUUUCUGAACUCCUCGGAAUCUCCAACAUGCACUGCACCAACUUUUCGUCAUUGAGGGGAGGAUUUACACCAGCGGAAUAUGCAGAUGAACUUCGUCAAGCACAAGCAAGCAAGUGGGCUUUCCGUUCGGUCGCUGAAGGAAUUGAACAUUUCAAAGCCGGCCGACACUCGGAGGCAUUCCAAUGCCUCAAUAAGGCGUUAAGUAUCGACCCCAGAAACGUCGAAGGAUUAGUUGCAAGAGGAGCACUAUACGCCAAUAGCGGAACAUUCAAAAAAGCGAUAGAAGACUUUGAAACAUCUCUAAAACUGAAUCCAAACCAUGCCAACGCUAGGAAGUACUUAGGAGAGACAUUAGUAGCAUUGGGUCGAAGUUACGAAGACGAAAAUAAGAUCACUGAAGCACAGAAAGCGUAUGAAGAUUGUUUGGCGAUCAUUCCUUUCCAUGAAGAGGCACAGAAUUCCCUGGACUUCUUGAAGAGUAAGACGUCAGCUACCAAGCCGUUGAUCGAACCAGCAGAGUUGCUUCUGCCUGGUUUGACGGGAGCUAAGUCUUAUGAGAUGAAAGAGACAUUGAAGCAAUUGUUGAAUUUGACGGAGAAGAAGGAUAAAAAGAAGAAGAAGAAGCGCGGCAAGGGUAAGAAGAAGCGAUCGAGCAGCUCGUCAUCAUCGUCAAGUGACUCGUCGAGCUCCAGUUCAUCAUCAGAGUCUUCGUCGUCAUCGUCCGAUAGCAAUUCCGAAGGUCCCAACCGUAAGAAGAAGCGCCGUUCUCAACCCAACAACAAGAGGCAACGGUCCCUGUCGCCUCUCAGCAAACGUAUGGAGAUGCUCGGCGCCCCCGAAGCCGGGUCACGGACGCACAACUCGCAGUUCAACCAUCCGUAUGGGUACCAGCCGCCGCCGCCGCCUGUUGAAGAAGUCAACCCUGAACCGCAGAGGUCGCAGGCUGAUAUUGAUUAUGAAUUGAAGGUACGCAAGUUCCUCGAAAUGACCAAAGAGGAUUCGGACUACGAAGAUAAAGUGCGGAACUUCUUAGAAGAGACGGCUCAGUACAAACGCAACCGCAAGAUGCAGGAGUUGGGCCAGCAGCCGCAGCCCGGCGCCGAUAGGGACAAGAAGAAAAAGAAGAAGAAAGAUAAGUCAGUACCUUUCACUGAACUUUUCGAUUUGACUGGGAAGAAGAAGAAAGAAUCUAAAAGGAAGCGCAAGGAGCAAGAACGCGAAGAAAAGCGAAAGGCUAAGAUAGCUCGCGCGGCCGCCAACAAUGAUUACAGUUUACGUGACCUGGAAAACAUUGGGGACAAGAAACUCAGAGAUGCCAUCAGAAAAGAGUUGAAAGGCAAGAAGCGCGAUCUCAGCUCGGAUGGCGAAUAUGACAGGAAACAUGACAAGAGGAUGCUAGACGAUAUGCACGGUCUCGAGGAGCUGGAGUCGAAGCUGAGCGCGUACCACGUAAUGGUGGAGAAGGAAGUGCUGCACAAGCGCGACGGCCGCUCCUCGCUCAGCCCCGACCAGGCGCCGCCGCCGCCGCUCGAGAAACCCAAGUGGAAGAUGUCCAUGAGCGCGGUCAAAGACACGGUCAAGAAGAAGGAAACUCCUGUGCCCAAAGGUUACAAAGAACAUUAUGCAUUCGAAGACAGCUCAGAUGAUUCACAGGAGAAUCCAAAGCCAUCACCAUCAAGCGGCGAUAAGAAUGUGUCGGUGCGUCGCGCGAUGGCCAUGAAGGAGCCGCCACCGCUGCCGUCAGCGCCGCCGCCGAACAAGCGGGAACCCGACCCGCCGGGGACCGAACCUUCACAUCCUGUUCGUAAAGGCAACAUAGUCCUAGACAAAUUCGGUUCAUUCCGUCUGGCUCAAGAGGGAGAGACUCCGGUGUCGGUGGGCGACGGGCGGCCCGAGCAGUUCGUGACGCGCAUCAAGCCGCCCUCGCCGUCCGGCCGCCGCCCGCGCUCGCCUCCCUCACCCAGGCGACACUCUUCCAACUCCUCAGAUGAUGAGAGGAGAUCUAAGCGCUCGAGGAGCAGGUCACGGCCCCGCAAGUACCGGUCUCGCUCCCGAUCCCGCUCCCGCUCGGCGUCGAGCGCGAGCGGCUCGGUAGCAUCGCGCCGCCGCCGCUCGGCCUCGCCUCGCUCUCGCUCGCGCUCCGACGCCAGCCGCUCCUACUACUCUCGCAGCAGAUCACGAUCACGGUCGGGCUCAAGGUUCCGUCGUUUCGUUCGUCGUGGCAACUGGCGGGGUCGUGGCGGUUUCGAGCGCGGCACGUACUACCGGCCUCGCUUCCACACGUACAACGGGGGCGGAGGCCGGGGCCGCGGCCGCGGGGGCGGAGACUUCCGCAGAGACGACGGACGACGCUUCCAGCAGGAGUGGCGCGACAACCGCUCGAGAGGAGGCAGGCCAUUCAGACCCAGGCGUGGUGGUGGCGGACGGGGUAGACCGUUCAGAGGAGGAUUCCGCGACUUCAGAGAUCGUAGAGGCGGCCGCUACUCAAGAUCGCGAAGCCCUGAAAGAACGCGCAGAUCUAGAUCCUACAGUCCUGAAAGACGCGACAAGGACAGAGACAGUUAUUCCCGUUACUCUGAGCGUGACAGCCAUCGUAGCGAGGGCGAAUAUGAAGAGGAAAGAUACGUGGACAGAAAGGAAUACGACGGCAAGUGGGCUGACGGCAAUGAACCCGAGAGGAACUCCCAUCCGGAGGAGAAACAGCCCGCCGAACAAGCCCCCAAAGAAUAAAUCACAAACGUUUGGUUUUGCCACUGAGUGCUAGGUUUACAGUUAGCUAAGUUUUGUUUAGGUGCUACACACCAUUUUAUCUACAUAUACAUACAUAUUGACUGUGAAUCAACUGAUCAAACGAUAAUUUAUCACUUAUAGUCAAAAGGUAAAUAAUCUUACUAUUUAUAAUAGUCAUCAGUUAUCCACAGUCGAUUUUUGUAUUAAGAAAUGUAUUCAAGUUAUUAUUAGAUGUAAAUAUAGAAUAGAGUACAAUAUGAAAGGAUUUUCUGUUUGCAUUAUUGUGAAUAUAAUAAUGGUUUUAAGUAGCUUAGAAUACCAAUUUCGCAUUUAAAUUUUCCUUCGUAAGAUAUUUCAUGGUAAAUGUUUGCUGUAAUAGUACAACAGCUUAACGUUUUAUUGUAUUUCCAAAUAACAAAUCCCCGCUCUGUGAACACAUUCCAAUUAUACUGGGAUAGUGUAUAUUAGUCACUAUGAUUUGUUCCAUUAAUUGUGAUUGGUGAAAUUAUUAAAUAAAGUGACUUAUAAUGUAAA